AAGUCUUCCCCACUUCACAACUAGCGCUACUGCUUUCUGUUGUGUUCGAUCUCUCCGCCGCUUGUCGCCGUCGCGUUCGCCGGAAAAUGGCCUCCGCCGUGUCCCCCGUCGGCGCUAUCAACGUCAACAGAGCUCCGUUGGGCUUGAAUGGAUCUGGGGCGGGAGCUGCAUCGGCUCCGACUUCGUCCUUCUUGGGCAUCAAACUGGUCACCGCCUCAAGAUACCCGCAGAGCACAAACGCGAAGAGCAAGUCGUUCAAGAUCGUGGCUCUGGAGGAGGGACAGCAGACCGACGGAGACAGAUGGAAGGGUCUUGUGAGCGACGUAUCCGAUGACCAGCAAGACAUCACACGCGGAAAGGGUAUGGUCGACUCGCUCUUCCAGGCUCCCAUGGGAACCGGUACCCACCACGCUGUCCUCAGCUCCUACGAGUACAUCAGCCAGGGUCUCAGACAGUACAACUUGGACAACCUAAUGGACGGUUUCUAUAUCGCACCUGCUUUCAUGGACAAGCUGGUUGUUCACCUCACCAAGAACUUCUUGAAGCUUCCCAACAUCAAGGUUCCACUCAUCUUGGGUAUCUGGGGAGGCAAAGGACAGGGUAAAUCCUUCCAGUGUGAGCUCGUCUUCGCCAAGAUGGGCAUCACGCCGAUCAUGAUGAGUGCUGGAGAGCUGGAGAGUGGAAACGCAGGAGAGCCCGCCAAGCUGAUCAGACAAAGGUACCGUGAGGCAGCGGACAUAAUCAAGAAGGGGAAGAUGUGUUGUCUAUUCAUCAACGAUCUCGACGCAGGAGCUGGUCGUAUGGGAGGAACGACUCAGUACACAGUCAACAACCAGAUGGUGAACGCAACGCUCAUGAACAUUGCCGACAACCCGACCAACGUCCAGCUUCCAGGGAUGUACAACAAGGAGGAGAACGCUCGUGUCCCGAUCAUCGUUACCGGUAACGAUUUCUCCACUCUCUACGCUCCGCUCAUCCGUGACGGUCGUAUGGAGAAGUUCUACUGGGCUCCCACUCGCGACGACCGUGUCGGUGUCUGCAAAGGUAUCUUCAGGACUGACAAUGUCCCCGAGGAGGACAUCGUCAAGCUUGUCGACCAAUUCCCUGGCCAGUCCAUCGAUUUCUUCGGUGCCUUGAGGGCCAGAGUGUACGACGACGAGGUGAGGAAGUUCAUAGAGGGAGUAGGAGUGGAGAAGAUCGGGAAGAGGCUGGUGAACUCAAGGGAGGCGCUGCCGACCUUCGAGCAGCCCGCCAUGACUCUCCAGAAGCUUAUGGAAUACGGAACGAUGCUCGUCCAAGAGCAAGAGAACGUCAAGAGAGUCCAACUCGCCGACACUUACCUCAAGGAAGCUGCCUUAGGAGACGCAAACGCUGACGCUAUCGGCCGCGGAACUUUCUACGGGCAAGCAGCACAGCAAGUGAAUUUGCCAGUGCCAGAGGGCUGUACGGAUCCUUCUGCCAAAAACUUCGAUCCAACGGCUAGGAGCGAUGAUGGGAGCUGCGUUUACACUUUUGAGGAUCAAAAAUGAGGGAGAGAGGAAAAAAAACUAAAAAUUAACUAGCUUUUUUAAUAUAUAAAUAUAAAUCAUGUAAUUGUGGGUAUUUUUCGUACCAAAAAACCCAUUUAUAAGUUGGUGUAUGUUUCUCUUUUUGGUUAUCUGUUGGGGUUUGCCCUUUGUGGGUUUGAAGUGGAUUGGUGCUUCUCUUCUAUAAUAAUUACCUUCUCUUA